AUGAAUAAUCAGAUUGAUGAUUCGACCAAGAAUCAAGUAACAGCACUUUUGCGAGUUAUGAAUGUAACUGGAUUCUUUAAGGGAGACAAGUUUCCAUGCCAGAUUGAAGAGGGCCUAUUCUUGGGUUCUGUGGGUGCUGCUACUAACAAGGAUGCACUUAAAAGCAAGAAUAUUACACACGUCUUAACUGUAGCCAAUUCAUUGCCUCCCUCUUAUCCAAAUGAUUUUGUAUAUAAAGUCAUUGGAGUUGCUGAUAGAGGUGACACCAAUUUAAGACAGUACUUCAACGAGUGUUUCAAUUUUAUUGAUGAAGCUAAAAGGAAAGGAGGUGGUGUUUUGGUACAUUGCUUUGUUGGAAGAUCCCGAAGUGUGACUAUUGUUGUUGCUUAUUUGAUGAAAAAACAUGGAAUGAGCCUAUCUGAAGCUUUGGCGCACGUGAAAAGUAAAAGGCCUCAGGCUGGUCCUAAUUCUGGUUUCAUCUCACAGCUUCAAGACUUUGAGAAAUCUCUUCAAGAUCAACCACCAGCGGAAACCAGCAUGUCUCACAUAGCUGUGGAAAGAAACAGGAGAAGACAGAUGAAUGAGCAUCUCAAAGUCUUACGUUCCUUGACCCCAUGUUUCUAUAUCAAAAGGGGGGACCAAGCUUCUAUAAUAGGGGGUGUAAUAGAGUUCAUAAAGGAGUUGCACCAAGUUCUACAAUCUUUGGAGUUGAAGAAACAAAGGAAGAGUAGUUUGAGCCCUAGUCCUGGUCCCUGCCCUAGCCCUAGCCCUAGAGCGCCACAGCAGCUAAUAAGUACCCUUCCUCCUGCAGAUCAACAUAGCCCCUUUCCCUUUAGGAAUACUGAAAAUGAUCUUACGGAAGUAGGCGCUGCAUGCUGCAACUCUCCCAUUGCAGAUGUUGAAGCAAAGAUAUCAGGAUCAAAUGUGAUCUUGAAAAUAGUAUCGCGGCGAAUACCAGGUCAAAUUGUGAGGAUAAUCAGCGUGUUGGAAAAAUUCUCCUUUGAGGUCCUUCACUUGAACAUCAGUAGCAUGGAAGAUACUGUCCUUUACUCCUUUGUCAUUAAGAUAGGGUUAGAAUGUCAGCUAAGUGUUGAGGAACUGGCAGUUGAAGUUCAACAAAGCUUCUUUCAAGACACCGUUUAUACGUAUGAGAUAUAG